AUGCGACGCGAUGAGCGACCGUGGGACGCUGAUGGCAUCUUGCCCCGAACGAUCACUACUUCGGGGGGACAGAAUUAUCAUUAUAGCGGUACGCGGGAUUUCACCUAUCGAGAAUACGCAAGCCUGCAAGGCUUCCCCGUGUGGCAUCGCUUCGUGGCUCCCGGAAUCAAGAAGCAGAUUGGCAAUGCAUUUCCUCCAUGCGUUGUCAAAGUUCUGUACGACUGGAUCAGGAAAUGGCUGGAAGAUGUCGAUGGCGUCGAGCCUACACCCCCACUAGAGCCCCAUGACCUUGUGGACCUUACCAUCGAGGAUGACGAUGACGAUUUGAACUCGAGAGACGUGUCUAACUCCCGACUCAAUUUGAGCCACCUCAAGUCUGAAGUCAAGGAGCAGAAGUAUCUCACUAAGAACGAGCUGCAGCAACUGGACGAAGAGGAGGUCAUUGCUCUAGCUGUCAGCGCGAGCUUGCAAAAGCCACACCAACAAAACAACGAAAUCAAUCCGAAAUCCAAUGUGUACUCCGGCAAUUCUCGGACCAACCAGCAGCUUCAGUCACCGGGUAGAUCUACCAACAAUACUGACGAGUGGGAAACAGCCCGACGAGAAAGCCUCCAAUAUCAUUUUCAGGGCCAGAUGGACGAGCAGCAGGCGCUUGAGCUGGCAAGACGACAGAGUGUGCUUUUCAUUAGUAAGCGAUCGAGGCAGCAUUCGAUCAUUGACCUGGCUACUGAUGAAGAGCCAAUGAAUGCGAUGUAUGAACAGGAUAAUGUUCCGAUGUGUGUAGAUGGUGGCCAGAGCGAGCGCUAUGUUUUGGUCGGUCAUCACUCAGUUGUCGUUGAGAAUGAUGGAGACAACGAUCUAGCUGGCUCUUGUAUCAUAGCCGCAGGGGAGGACAUGUCAGACACUGAUUCAGCAACCAUUGAUGGGGACCACAACAUGGACCUGGACCAUUGA